AUGAAGAGUGACUCACCGACACCUGUUGUGGCCAGUCUAAGAGUACAGCAACUUUUGCAGAAGCUACAUGCUCUAUCGGACGUGGAAGAGAAGUCUUGGUCCCAGAGAUUCUUCUACUUGACUCGGCUGGUUCGCUUCCUUGUAUUUGGUGAGAUAUGGUCCGCCGCCGCCGAUGAGCAUAUGCGAGAUAAGUUUGUCGCUUUAGACCGAGAUAAGUGCCAGUUUAUCUAUCUGCUUACAAGGAGUGUUGGGGCAUGCAACGUGAUCGAGGCUGGGACGAGUUUCGGGCUAUCGACGAUAUAUCUAGCGUUGGCGGUGGGCCAGAAUGUGCUCCUUCAACGGAAGAUAGCUGCUGGGACUACCUCGCUCACCGGAAAGGUGACCGCGACGGAAAAAGAGCAUGCUAAAGCAGUGAAGGCCAGACUGCAUUGCAAGGAGGCUGGUGAUGAAGUUGAACCAUGGAUCGAGCUGCGCGAGGGGGAUUUGCUGGAAAGUUUGAAGGUUGACAAUGGCGUGCCGGAGAGGAUUGACCUCCUGCUGUUGGACAUCUGGACGCCUCUCGCACUUCCUACCCUCAAGCUUGUCCAACCAAUGCUCAAAUGUGGUGCUGUUGUCAUUACGGACAAUGUGGGAAUAGCAAAGCUCUUGUACAGGGAGUUUCUGGAGUAUAUACGCAAUCCAGAGAACGGAUUCAGGAGCCUUACAUUACCCUACAGUGGGGGACUGGAACUAUCAGUGUAUUUACCAUAG